CGUCGGCGUCGGCACGACGGGCGUCCGUCAGUGCGCGUGUGACAUGGCUGCGAGGCGCUACUACGACGACCUGGACGACGUCCUUCAUCUCGCGAUGUGAUACACACCCCGCGACACCCUCGCCUACGAUUCUCGCGCGACUCGCAGCGGUAUAUCUAGCCGAUACGGGAAUGAGUCAUAAUCGUCGAGCGUUGCGAAAGACUAUAUAGUAUCCCGAUGAUACGGUCGAUCGUCGUGUGACACCCCUCGUCGAUACAUCAGAAAGAAGGAGCAAGGAAUUUAUUCAUUUUCUCAUUCGUUGAUCGCUCUUUUCUUAUUGGCGAUUUCGGAAAUAUUCGCGGAUAGAAGCGAGAGACGAUAAUUUUCGUGUGAGAGAAAAUCAGGACGAACGUUGCUCCAAACUUUUUCGAUAAUUAUCAUGCCAGGUCUUUGAUUGUCAGAGCGUCGGGGGCGGCACCAUAAUUGCCUGCCGAGAGAUCGAGAUGCGUGGACAGGAAAAGCGGAACGAUGUAAGAGACAAGUGACCCCGAGUCCCCCGAGCAAGAUGACAAGUCGAAGGGUUGAUCUUUAGCAAGUGCGAUCUUAUCUCGCGUGUAUGAAGCGCAACGUAGCAUUCCCACAGAUAGACGAAGCUGCAUUCCCUCUAAUCUCGAUCGCGAAAACUGUUUUCGAGAAAUUGUACAUAAAUCGCUCGCACACAGAGAACGUAUGUCAUUAACGCGCAUUCUUUAUUCCUAAUCGAAUGUCAAUCGUUUAAUUAUUAAAUAAUUAUCUAACUUAAUAAUUCAGUGCUACACAUAUCGCUGUCAUCGUGGCAUCAGACUAUGAUUUAUAAACUGUCAGAAAAAUCGAACUCUCUUGAAACGCGAGCAACUGCUCGCCAGAGCUUUAUACAUGCAUGAAACUUUUCUAUAAUCUAAAAAAAAUAUAUAGAUGUGCGCGCGGAUGAAACAAUUCGAUGAAUCAUGGCGCGAUUUUAAGCGGGAACUCGGACAACCGAGGGGUUGAUCCUCGGGGUGGCGCUCGAUCGUCAACGGUUGGACAUAUCGAGACAAUUUUUUCUCCCAUCUAACUUGAACAUUAAUUCGGCGCGUCGCGAGGAGUGCGGGGAUAAAGGAGAGAGUGCAUGUGAAUGUGCGCGCUCGUGCGUAUCUGUGCGCGAAGUGCAUAAAGCGACGAUGGGAUAUCGGUGAGAUCACGAGGUCACCGCAGAAUGCCUGAGCCGAGGGCAAAGCGCUGUAAACACUGUGACGAGUCUGGCCACAGGUUGGACAGCGGUUCCCCGUUCUGGAGGAUUCAACUCGACCAGGACCUUCUGGACACCAUCAGCGCGAUAUAUCCGGAGUGGUUUAAGGAUUACACUAACAGCCGAGCGGCAUCGGCAUCGUCGUCCCCCACGUCCUCAAGCGCUUCCGGCGCACAAUCCUGCGACGAAAGCGCCGCCGUGGUCGUCGUCACCGAACGCGGCGGCGAGCACAAGAUCGCCAAAGGCGACGCCAAGUCGAGGUCCAAGGCGAAAAAAGCGGACGGCCACAAGGAUAAGGACCGGGACAGGAAGGAUCCUAGGCGCGACGCCAAGGACGAGAGAGACACUGGAAACGGUAAGAAAGGGACGAAGUCCUCGCCGCAGCGGGAUAAAGCAGCGGCGGACACGGCAGGAAGGAAGACCGCUGGUGCAGCUGCUCCAGAAUCGGGAUCGGAGAUGGCCGAGGGCAAUCAGUCGCCGAAGGCGGAGGUCGACGAUUCACCCCUCCAGCACGCCAUGGAUCGCAACAAGGAAUCGUUGAAGGUGAAGCUCAUGCUGAGGCGACCCAUCAAUCAGCUGGUUGCGCAAGGCAUCAUGCCAUCGCUGAAAACGCCACCGGCGUUUCACGAGCAACGGAAGCAGUUGGAGCGAGCGAAGACGGGCGAUCUGCUAAAGGCAAAGAUCCAGCAGAGACCGGGCAGGGACGAGCUCGUCCGACAGCACAUCCUCGAAGAUGUGGGUCAUGUGGAUCCGAGCCUGGCCGAGCGGCAGCGGAUGCUGAAGAAGGCCAGGCUAGCCGAUCAUCUCAACGAUCAGCUCAGUCAUCGACCCGGACCGCUCGAGCUCAUCCAAAAGAAUAUCCUUCAUACUGAAGAGCCCAUCGAGAGGGCAGUCAAAGAGGGUCACAUUCCCUUCAAGGCCACUUGCGAGGGGCAAGUGACGAAGCCUCAGCAUCCGGACCACUACAUUACCUUCGAGGAUGACUCUCAGAGCUCGGAGGGCGCGUCCUCGCCGCAACUGGAGUCGCGGUCGUCAGAUGUUCUGGAAACCGCGGCGGCCUCCGCGGGCAUCGUCACAGUUUCCCUCAGCAUCCCGACGACCGGCGGCGCCGUUGUGGUUUCGUCGACGUCCCCCGUGUUCCAACAGACAUCCACGGAACCGACGAUACAAACCUUCGCCGAUCUUUGCAACACCGUCGUAGGCACGUCGCAACAGAGUCAACAACAACAAAUUCAACAGGCCCAGCAGCAUGCGUCUACGCAGGCGAGUCAGACGACGAAUGGGCCGUCGACAACCCUUCUGCCAUUGGCGCCGGCGCCGAGCCCGAUGUCCCUGGGCUCGACCACGUCCAGCCUAAGUCCUCUAUCCAACAUCUCGAUAGCGUCGCCCCCGGCGCCGCCGCCGGCGGCGAUUACCCCACGGCCCCAACCGAGCCCGAUUGCCGCGGCCGCAGCCGUCACCACGUGCCAAAGGAGCGACGCCCCCGGUAAGGACAAGAACAGAAAGAAGUCAAAGAACAAGAGCCAGCCCAAGACCCGCACGAUCAAAUUCCACGAGUAUAAAGGUCCGCCAAACGCGCAGAAGACGCCGGCGUCGUCUAACACUUCCGGUCUUGGCGUUACGCCACCCGGUGAGACCAGUUACGAACUGCUCCUACAGCAGCAACAACUGUUCCUUCAAUGGCAGCUCGAGUGGCAACACAAGUAUCCACAGAUUAUCUUGCCAGCAGCGCAGAAACCGUUGUCGCUCACAAAUAGCGGUGCAAGCGACGCUGGUAGCGUAAGCGGAAGCAGUGCGAACGCUGCCAGUCCAGCUCCUUCGAAUUCUUCAAACAAUCCUUCGGAGCAGCCUCCGUUGAGGCCCCUGGGCAAAUUGGAGGACAUGAAAGUGAGCGAUCUCAAGGUGGAAUUGAAACGACGAAACUUGCCGGUGUCGGGACCGAAACCGCAAUUGAUCGAGCGAUUGAAGCCCUUCACGGAAUCAUCUAGUAGCAAUUCGACCUCCAACGGACCGCAUGUGACGCAUAUGGGCCACAUCUUGAUGGAUACACCCGGCCCGAUGGCGACGGACGAGUCCAGCUCUCAGGUCAAGAGUCCGAUUUGUAUCGUGAAGGACGAGCCGAAUAGUCCACGAACAGCCUCACCUCACAGUAGCGAGCACGAUGAUCCAUUGAGUCCACCAGGAGAUGAUAUCAUCAAGGUGCAAAGGAGACGGAUAGAGGAAUUACAGCGUGAACUGUAUAAGUCGCAACAACAACUCCAGCAGAUCCGCCAGACCCAGCCGGCCACGGUACGCGCCGAGAAAUUGGUUCUCCAACAACACAUACAGAACAAGAUGCAACAACAACAGCUACAAUUACAUUUGCAACAGCUUCAACAUCUACAACAACAACAGCAGCAGCAGCAGCAACAGCAGCAGCAGCAAAAUCAACAACAGUCGCAGCAGCAAACGCAACAACAAGCCACGCUCCAACAACUCAAUGCAAAGGCGAAUCUCGCAGCCUUUUUACAGGCACAGCCGAACAAUGCGACCGCUAUUCUCGAUUCCGCGACUCUAACUGCAAUCAACAACAAGAAGAAUCAGUCCAAGAAUAGCACUACUGUUCAAAUACCUACAGCGAUAGUUCUGAAUCUGGCAAAGCCGACCAAGCUAAACGGCUCGCUGCUCGGUGCUCUUGUGGCGCAGGCACAAGCUCAACAGCAGCAAACAACUACUACCUCUGAUGACAGCAAGCUACCGCCACCGCAAUACGAUGAAGCCGCUAAGUUGCUUAAGGUCAAAAUAGAGCCGGUCCAAAAGAGUCACAUAAAGAGUCAAGUGGUCGACGACGUCUUAGAGAUUCUCAUCAAGAAUGGUGAAUUACCGCCAAGUGCCGCGCAAGAUCCGGCUACUCCUACGACUCCGAAUCGUCAACUACAACAAAAUCUGGUCUUCACUGCGCCAGCGGAUAGUCCGACUCAGUCGUUGGUCUUUGCCGCCGCCAGUCCAAUGAGUCCGAUCAGUCCGAUACCAAUGGAUGUAUCUCAGAGCGGUUGUUCGAGUCCAUCAACACCUGCACCGCCGCCACCACCACCAUUACCACUAACGGCAUUUUCCAUUCAAUUACCCAGUGCAUUGCAACAACUGCAACACCAGGAGGAGAUCUCGUCCUUCAGCACAGAUCUUCUAACUACCGAGGCCGAAAUGGAUACCGCAAUGUUGCUCAGUCCUCAAUCGACGCAACAAGCAUCCCCAGACCCUCAACCGCCACAAGAAGUCACUUCUUCGGACAACGCAAAUUUAGAUCUCAAAGAACUAGGAUUGGAUUUGGAAACGUUAGAUCCGAUGGACUUUGUCCAACUAGAUUGCGACAUGCCAAUGGAUAUGGACGAUCCCGAUUGGCUAGAUUCCCUAAUGCCACAAUCACCCCCAACUUCUACAACAUUAUCAUUAUCCAACCAUCAAUCUACCAUACCGUCGAUCAGUCUCUCGUCCGCCACGGAUAUCUAUGAUCCGCUCUUAGGCAGCAAUCAAUACUCCUUUGAUCUCUUUAACAUGGAAGACCCCGACUUCAAAAUGUCGUCCGACUUAUCUCCAAUGACGUGGGACAAAGUAGACUUCGCGACCUAGCCCGAGAUACUCUCUCGUAAUUCGGCGUUAUGUACUUAAUCUUCAGUAAACAAUCAAAAAAAUAUAUAUAAUUCGAGAGAAUGAGACACAGGAAUGUGAACAUUCAGAUUAUUAUAUUGUCAUUUAAUCGGAUUUAUACGGUGCAUUUUAUAUAAAUCGUUUCGCGACAUCCCUCUUUACCUCUGAUGCAUCUUGUGACGUUAUGCAUAUCGAUGUUACAUCGAAUAUGUACUUAUAUGCGCGCAUCGAGACGAAAAGUGUUUCAGCACGUUUUUUACAAAUAAGGUAUUGAAGACAUAAUCAUACUACUGAAUGAGAUAAAUUCUAAUCAUACGCGAUCGUAAUUAACAAACAAAACAAGAACGAGAUGAGUAUUGAUAUAUGGACCAGUCCUCACAAUAGUUUGACGCGCGUGUUAUCGCGCAUUUUUCCUCGAUAAAUGAUUAAUCAUACGUUGUUCGAUCAAUAAACGAUCGUUCCGUAAGAAAAGUAAUAUCUGAUAAAUGCUUAAAAUGAGCUUUUGAGUGUUUUCUUUCUUGCAUUCAUGCGAAUUAAAAUCCUCCAUUAAAUAGCAAUGUGCGAGAAUCAGAAUGUGGUUAACGCUCCUAUAUAUUAAAGAAAAAAAGGAUAUAACAAUAGUUCCGGAAACAAUUGCGGUACUUUCAAAAUUCUCCAAAGAAUCAGCUUACGAUACGUUUUUUAAGCUAGUUUUUACUGUCCAGUCGUGUGUUGCUUGAAUUUUAAUAACGGCGAAAAAUAGCGUGUGUGUCAGAGAAAAGAAGACGAGAAACACUGCGUAUAUAUGAUCUUCUCGCGAAUAAACCCCCCUAUACCCUAAAUCGCUCUAUCCUCUGCUCUCCCUUAAUUGUAAUCAAUCGUAACAUAACCGCAUAAUUAUACAUAAUUACAGAAUCUAAUAUAA